GGCAGACAGUCAGGAGGACCAGAGUCCCAGCGGCAGUUUAGGAGAGUCAAAGCGGGGAAAACUGCGUCCAAUCCGGGAGAACUCAGAAGGAGGAUUCCGCGAUGAGUUGGGGAACGGAGCUCUGGGACCAGUUUGAUAAUCUGGAAAAACACACUCAGUGGGGCAUCGACUUUCUGGAGCGCUACGCAAAGUUUGUCAAGGAGAGGCUGGAAAUAGAGCAAAACUACGCCAAGCAGCUACGGAACUUGGUAAAGAAAUACUGUCCAAAACGCUCCAAGGAUGAAGAGCCAAGGUUCACAUCCUGUCUGUCAUUCUACUCCAUACUGAAUGAACUCAACGACUAUGCCGGUCAGAGAGAGAUCGUGGCGGAGGAGAUGGGACACAAGGUGUAUGGAGAGCUGAUGAGGUACAGCCAAGACCUCAAAGGCGAGAGGAAACAUCAUCUACAGGAGGGCAGGAAGGCCCAGCAGUAUUUGGAUCAGUGCUGGAAGCAGAUGGACAAUAGUAAAAGGAAAUUUGAGAGAGAGUGUAAGGAAGCAGAGAAAUCCCAGAUGACGUACGAGCGGUUAGAUAAUGACAUCAAUGCCACCAAGUCGGAGGUGGAGAAGGCCAAAGCCCAAUAUUACCUGCGGACUCACACGGCAGAUGAGAGUAAGAACGAGUAUGCUGCCCAACUACAGAACUUCAACGCAGAGCAGUGGAAACAUUUCAACAAUGCCAUACCACACAUCUUCAAGAAUCUACAAGACAUGGACCAGCGUCGAACAGUGAAGCUUGGGGAGACGUACCGAAGCUUUGCAGAGGCGGAGCGGCGAGUUAUUCCCAUCAUUUCCAAAUGCCUAGAAGGAAUGGUUUCUGCAGCCAAAGCUGUUGAUGACCGAAGGGAUUCUGGCAUCGUGGUGGAGUCUUUCAAGUCAGGCUUUGAACCUCCAGGUGAUUUCCCCUUCGAAGACUUCAGUCAGAACCUGAGCCGGACGGGAUCAGACGGGACCAUCAGCAAUACACCCAAAGGCGAGAGAGACAGAGACGGGCCUCCGGGGUCACGACCCGAUCCAAAACAUGCCAUGAGCAAAACCAAGAACAAGCUCUGGUUGUUUGGAAAGAAACCAAAGUGGUCGGUUAAGAUGGCCCCGUCUCUGGAGGAUUUCAGCCAUUUACCGCCUGAGCAGAGGAGGAAGAGGCUACAACAGAGGAUCGACGAACUCAGCAAGGAGCUGCAGAAAGAGAUGGAUCAAAGAGAUGCCCUGAACAAGAUGAAGGAUGUGUAUGAGAAGAAUCCUCAGAUGGGAGAUCCCAGCAGCCUGCAGCCCAAAAUAUCAGAAACCAUAUGUAACAUGGAGAAGCUGCGGUCUGAAAUUCAUAAAAACGAGACUUGGCUGUCUGAGGUGGAGGGAAAGCAGAGCUCCAGAGGAGACAGACGACACAGCGCCGACAACCACCAUCACACCCCUCAAGGAAGAGAGAGUCCUGAGGGCAGUUACACAGAUGACACCAGUCAGGAGCAUCACACCCCCCACCACCGCUCCAACCCCCCCCAGCCCGGACAGCCCAUCUCCGACCCACACGAGUUUGAUGAUGAGUUUGACGACGACGACCCGCUGCCUGUCAUCGGACACUGCAAAGCUCUGUACUCAUUUGACGGUAAGGGUCAGAACGAGGGGACACUGGUGAUGGCAGAAGACGAGGUGCUCUACAUCAUCGAGGAGGAUAAAGGCGACGGCUGGACGAGAGCCAGGAAGCAGAGCGGAGAGGAGGGUUACGUGCCCACCUCCUACGUAGAAAUCACCCUGGAAAAAAACAGCAAAGGUGCCGUCACCUACAUCUGAAGCUCCAUUGUUUUCUAUCAUCCUCUUCAUCCCUAUUUUCUGUUCCACUACAAAGGAAAAAAGACUGCAUGGACAUUUACAUUUUGUCCCCUUAUUAUUUCCACAUCUUCAUCCUUCAGUCUGUUUUAUUUGUCUAAUUGUGUAAUCAUUGGUCCUCAUCUUCCUCUCAUGUCUGUUGGACCGGUGUUAAAGAGGUGAGUGUCUGAUACAAGCACAAAUAGGAAAAGCCUGUUCGAUGCUGUUUGAGUGACUUGUUUAUUUGUAAAUGAGGCGUUUCUGCGUGAGUGAGAGAGGUUUCCACUGCUGUUUUUGAGCCUCGUGAGUUUAGGCUCCACCACUACUUAUCGAUCAAAGUGUUUAUAAAUGUUAUAUGUAAUAUAUUAGAAGCAAGAUAUUUUUGUUUUAUCCAGUCUUUGAAUUAUUUAGAUGUUUGUUUUUUUAAAUCGGAGAUGUUUAAAACUCCCUGAUUUUAACCGCUUUGAGAUAAUGCGAGUAAUUUCACACAUUCUGUGAUAUAAUUUGUUUUUUAUGUUUUAUUUCUUUGUGUCUACAUGCACAUUUGUUUUUUUUUUCCAUGUGUGUGUGCACUAUGUUCAUACAGAUCAAAAUGGACAAAAAAUUCCAGAUUGUAGUUUUCUUACAGUUUCAACCUCAAGUAACAACAUUUUUAAUAUUGAAGACUUUUGCUGCAACAUAUGCAACUUGGGCUCCCAUCCAGCCAGUUUCUUUUUGUGUUUUUGUUUCUUUUCUUGUCAGGGAUGGAUACACAUUUGGGUAUUUCUAAAGUAUUAACCACAAAACAACCGAGACAUCUAAAGGAUUUAUCAAGAAAAUGCAGAACAUUAUCAGUUUCAUCCUUAAACCUCAAGUUCGGACUCAAAGUGGAAAAGUGCCACGUGAAAAUGUUUUCAUUUCAGUUAAAGGAGCCUGUAAGAAAAUGUAUCAGGAUUAUUCCCACUUCAAAUCUGAUACAGUUUGUUGUCUUACAAUCAUUAAUUAUGUUGGUGGUUUUUGUUUGAAGCACUGAUUAAAAACAGAUCUGUGCAUUUUACA